GUGACCUUAACAAAAACAAUGGUCGACAUAACCUCAGCCCAAUGUAAAAUAUUAAUUAUUACAGAGAAAUCUCCUGAUUUAGGAUAAGAGUCUCUCCAUAUAAUAGUAGAUUUAUAGUCUAGAUUACACAUUUACACUGAAUUCUUAAUUCUUAAUCGAAAGAAAGAAAAAUGAAAAAUAGAGAAAUGCAAAGAAGAGGUCUAGUGAUCCAUAUGCAAAUUGGGCCUGGUCUACGACAAGUCGAAACCACCCGGUUAGAAGUCCAAAAAAGGCCCAUAAACGACGCCCCCAGCCCAUGUAAAAAACCCUAGAUAUUUUCACUUGAUCGAACCAGGGUUUCUAAGGCGAAUAUCCCGUUCCUCCACUAUCCUAUAUAUAUACUCCCUUUAUCCCCCCUUACUUUCUCCUUACCGAAGAGAGUCCGCAACUCUUGAUUCCCUGUCGCCGUCUGUCUCUUCAGGAAAUAGUAGUUGGUGAUAUUUAAAGACAAGACAAGAUGGUGAAGUUCACAGCUGAUGAGCUUCGUAGGAUUAUGGACCGCAAGCACAACAUCCGUAAUAUGUCUGUGAUUGCUCACGUUGAUCAUGGGAAGUCCACCCUAACUGAUUCCCUGGUGGCUGCUGCUGGUAUCAUUGCCCAGGAAGUUGCUGGUGAUGUCCGGAUGACUGAUACCCGUGCUGAUGAGGCAGAACGUGGCAUCACAAUUAAGUCAACUGGCAUCUCUUUGUAUUAUGAGAUGACUGAUGAAAAUUUGAAGGGCUACAAGGGUGAGCGAGAUGGCAAUGAAUACCUUAUAAAUCUUAUUGAUUCUCCUGGGCACGUUGAUUUUUCAUCUGAGGUUACGGCUGCUCUACGUAUUACUGAUGGUGCACUUGUGGUGGUUGAUUGUGUUGAGGGUGUUUGUGUUCAAACUGAAACUGUGCUCAGACAAGCUUUGGGAGAAAGGAUAAGGCCUGUCUUGACUGUUAACAAGAUGGAUAGGUGCUUCCUUGAGCUCCAGGUUGAUGGAGAGGAGGCUUACCAGACAUUUCAGAGGGUGAUUGAAAAUGCCAAUGUCAUCAUGGCUACUUACGAAGAUCCUCUUCUUGGUGAUGUUCAAGUGUAUCCUGAGAAGGGAACUGUCGCCUUCUCUGCUGGUCUUCAUGGCUGGGCUUUUACACUGACCAACUUUGCAAAGAUGUAUGCCUCCAAGUUUGGUGUUGAUGAGUCGAAAAUGAUGGAAAGGCUUUGGGGUGAAAACUUCUUCGAUCCCGCCACCAAGAAAUGGACAACCAAGAACACUGGCUCUGCCACCUGCAAGCGUGGAUUUGUUCAAUUCUGUUAUGAACCCAUCAAGCAGAUUAUCAACACUUGCAUGAAUGACCAGAAGGAUAAGUUGUGGCCCAUGUUACAGAAGCUUAAUGUGACCAUGAAGGCAGAAGAGAAGGAUUUGAUGGGAAAGGCACUAAUGAAGCGUGUAAUGCAGACCUGGCUCCCUGCAAGUAGUGCCCUUCUUGAAAUGAUGAUACAUCACCUCCCUUCCCCUGCCAAGGCUCAGAGGUACCGUGUUGAGAACUUGUAUGAGGGUCCUCUUGAUGAUGCUUAUGCCACUUCCAUCAGGAACUGUGAUCCUGAGGGUCCUCUCAUGCUCUAUGUUUCCAAGAUGAUUCCUGCAUCUGAUAAGGGUAGGUUCUUUGCAUUUGGUCGUGUCUUCUCUGGUAAGGUGUCUACUGGGUUGAAGGUCAGGAUCAUGGGUCCCAAUUACGUUCCUGGUGAGAAGAAAGAUUUGUAUGUGAAGAGUGUUCAGAGGACUGUUAUUUGGAUGGGAAAGAAGCAGGAAACAGUUGAGGAUGUGCCUUGUGGUAACACUGUUGCCUUGGUUGGUUUGGAUCAGUUCAUCACCAAAAAUGCAACCCUGACUAAUGAGAAGGAAGCUGAUGCUCAUCCAAUUCGUGCCAUGAAGUUUUCUGUCUCACCUGUUGUCCGUGUUGCUGUUCAGUGCAAGGUUGCUUCUGACCUUCCCAAACUUGUUGAAGGUUUGAAGCGUUUAGCAAAGUCAGAUCCUAUGGUUGUUUGUACUAUUGAGGAGUCUGGAGAGCAUAUUGUUGCUGGUGCUGGUGAACUUCAUCUUGAGAUCUGUUUGAAGGACUUGCAGGACGAUUUCAUGGGUGGAGCUGAGAUCGUAAAAUCAGAUCCUGUUGUGUCUUUCCGUGAGACUGUGCUUGAGAGGUCCUGCCGAACAGUGAUGAGCAAGUCUCCCAACAAGCACAACCGUCUUUACAUGGAAGCCCGUCCCUUGGAGGAUGGUCUUGCAGAAGCUAUUGAUGAUGGUCGUAUAGGUCCAAGGGAUGACCCCAAGGUUCGAUCAAAGAUCCUGGCAGAAGAGUUCGGUUGGGACAAGGAUCUUGCCAAGAAAAUCUGGUGUUUUGGACCUGAGACCACUGGUCCAAACAUGGUAGUUGAUAUGUGUAAGGGAGUUCAGUAUCUGAAUGAAAUUAAGGAUUCUGUGGUUGCUGGUUUCCAGUGGGCUUCAAAAGAAGGUGCAUUGGCUGAGGAGAACAUGAGGGGUAUCUGCUUUGAGGUUUGUGACGUUGUUCUUCAUGCUGAUGCUAUCCACAGAGGUGGUGGUCAGAUCAUUCCAACUGCUAGGAGGGUUUUCUAUGCUUCCCAGUUUACAGCUAAGCCAAGGCUUCUGGAACCUGUUUAUUUGGUGGAGAUUCAAGCCCCUGAGCAGGCACUAGGUGGUAUUUACAGUGUUCUUAACCAGAAGCGUGGACACGUGUUUGAAGAGAUGCAGAGGCCUGGUACCCCACUUUACAACAUCAAGGCAUACCUGCCCGUCAUUGAGUCUUUCGGAUUCUCAAGCACUCUGAGGGCAGCAACAUCAGGGCAGGCUUUCCCUCAGUGUGUGUUUGACCACUGGGACAUGAUGUCUUCUGACCCAUUGGAGCCUGGUUCUCAAGCUGCUACACUUGUUGCAGAUAUCCGCAAGAGGAAGGGCUUGAAGGAGCAGAUGACACCUCUUUCAGAAUACGAAGACAAGCUGUAAGCUUGUUCUUCUUGUUGGAAUUGUUGAACUGAAUUUAAUGGUGGUAGUGGCCCUUAUAUUUUUUAUUUCUUCCUGUUAUUUUUCCCUAUUAAAUCUUGGAAUAGGUUCUUAGUUUUCCGCUACCGGACCUUGACCUUUGAAUUAUGUUUUCGUGUCUGUUUUCCGUGAAUGUUGAGUAGAAUUAUCUCGUUGUGACGUCAAACAUUUUAAAUCUCUUCAAGAAUAUUUAGUUGCGAAUGUUUCCCUUUUAAGG